AUGGUGCUGAGUGUCAUUGGAGUCGCCCCUAAUGUUGCCGAGUAUUGGCUGGAGGCCACCGAGAGGAUCAUGAAUGAUCUAGACUGUACUCUUGAGCAGAAACUGAAGGGUACAGUGUCUUUACUUCGCGAUGAGGAUUGCCAGUGGUGGUUGACGGUUGAGGAGGGUACUCAACCUAAUCGUCUGAAUUGGGAUUUCUUUAAGACCACCUUUCAGAGUAAGUACGUGGGGGUGAGCUAUAUGGAUGCACGUAGGCAUGAGUUCAUGAAUCUCACGCAGGGCGAUAGGUCUGUGGUCGAGUAUGAGAGGGAGCGAGAGUUCUCGGUUCUGGUUGAAAAGGUGAAGAUCGCCGAGGAUAGGCAUAAGAAAAAGGUCAGACCCGAAGGGCCGAUUAGAGUGGUAGCCCCUGUUGCUCUUAUCGGGAUUCAGCUAUGUGAGAUUGUGGUAGGCACCACCCGGGUUAGGGGUGAUAAUGGUAUGGGUCGUGAGCAAAGGGCACUAGAAAGAGGUGCUGGUCAGAGGAUAGAGAUGCUCCUACUAUCAUCACUGAGUAAUUCUAGUGAGAUUAUUGUACUAAGUCCGUUGGGGCAGUCUAUUCAGGUUAGUGAACUCUAUAGGGAUGUUCUGUUAGUGGUACAAGGGGCUAUCUUCCUAGCAAAUUUGAUAGAGCUUUUGUUUGGGAAGUUUGAUUUAAUUUUGAGUAUGGACUGGUUGGUUAAGCACCGAGUUAGUUUGGACAGCGCAUCUGAGAAAGUCAUUCUGAGAACUAAGGAUGAUAUGAAGGUGGUUGUGAUUGGUGAGUGUCGAGAUUAUUUGUCCAAUGUGUCUGUAUUCUUGUGGCUGAAAAACUGGAUCGGAAAGGGUGUCAAGCAGGUUGAGUUUGGAAUUGAGUUCCUUCCGGGUAUAGCUCUGGUGUCUAUUGCUCCAUACCAUAUGGUACCGAAGGAGCUUACUGAGCUUAAAGCUCAACUUCAAGAACUUCUGGAUCAUGGUUUCAUCCAUCCCAAUGACUCGUUAUGGACAUUACGAGUUCCUAAUGAUGCCUUUUGGUCUGACGAAUACUCUAGCGACAUUCAUGGAUUUGAUGAAUCGAGUCUUUUAGCCUUAUAUGGAUUUUUCAUCGUGGUCUUUAUCGACAAUAUUCUGGUGACUUUUCUGGGGCAUGUGGUUUCUGCUGAGAGGAUCCGUGUUGAUCCGAGGAAGAUUGAGGCUGUACUUGGUUGGAAACAGCCUAAAGACGUAUCUGAGAUCUGUAGUUUUCUGGGUUUGGCGAGAUAUUAUUGGUGGUUUAUCGAAGGGUUUUCUCUUAUUGCAGCUUCUUUGACUAAGCUUCUACAUAAAGGUGUUCCAUUUGUCUGGACUGAUGCACAGCAAUCGAGCUUCCUGAAGCUCAAGUCUAUUCUGACUCAGGCUCCUAUUCUGAUACAGCCUGAAUCCGGUAAGAAUUCUGAUACAGUCUGA